CAAAACCAGAACUAAUAAACACACACAAAUAACAACACACUCAAACAAAGAAAAAAAAAGUUUUGAUUUUUAUCAGCCACCAUUAUAGACCCAUAAAUUUCUAUAUACAUUUCUAUAUAUUUAUUUAUAUAUACCCGUAUAUACAUUCAUCAUUUAUAUAAAUACACUUGAUUAUGCGUUUUCCACAAGCCAAUUAUCCUUUUUUUUUUCUCUGUACACACUCACAUAAACACACAUAAUUACUGAAACCCUAGAUCUUAAUGGGGUUUGGGUAAAGAUUAGUGUUGAAUUUGUACCCUUUUGAACAGGAUUUAAGUUACAUUUUAACACUGUUUCAUUUGGGUUCUUAGAUCUGCUUAGUUUCUAUACAUUUCCAUUUUUAGUUGGUUUUAUAAGCUUAUAAUUCUGUUGAAUUUUGUUGUUUGGAGCUGUGGAUCUGUUUUGAGUUAAUACCCAGUUGUUUAUUUGUCUUAAAGUUGCAAUCUUUGGUGGAAUUUAGUUGGGUUUAGUAGAGAAUUUUGAUGGGUUGAUUGUGUGAUUUGUAGAUAUAUAUAAAGUUGGUUUCUUUUGGUUGUUGAUUAGUGAUCUGGUAUAAUUGGUUAAAGAUUUUACACUUAUCUGAUUAUAUUAGAUUGUUAUGCUGUAUAUGUGUUAGUUUUGGAUUUUUAGUUACUGGGGUUAUUAGAAUGGCAAUGCCACCUGGAAAUGUGGUUGUUUCAGACAAAAUUCAGUAUCCUGGUGGUGGUGGUGGAGUUGGAAAUGAGAUCCACCAGCAGCAGCAGCACCACCAGCGCCACGGGUGGUUUCCUGUGGAUGAGCGUGACGGGUUUAUUUCAUGGUUGAGGGGUGAGUUUGCUGCUGCCAAUGCUAUCAUUGACUCACUAUGCCACCAUUUGCGCGCGGUGGGCGAACCGGGGGAAUAUGACCUAGUUAUAGGAUGUAUACAGCAGAGGAGGUGUAAUUGGAACCCGGUGCUGCAUAUGCAGCAGUAUUUUUCGGUUGGAGAGGUUAUCGUCGCGUUGCAGCAAGUGGCAUUGAGGAAGCAGCAGCAGCAACAACAGCUUCAUCAGAACCAGUACCAGCACCAGCACCAGCAACAGCAACAUAGAUAUUAUUAUGAUCAGCCUAAAAUGGGAGGAAAGGAUUUUAAGAGAUCUUUUAAUGCGGGGUUUAACAAAGGACAGCGAGGUGGCGGCGAGAUGGUGAGGGAAGUUGUUAGUUAUAAUGCAGAGAGUCAUAAUUUGGAUAGUAAUUCUUCAGGGAAUGUAGUGAGUGAGAAACUUGAAGAAAUUAAAUCAGGUAGUGAUAGUGGAAAAUCGGAGGAUAAGAGUUUAGCAAUUGCUGAUGAUAAGAAAGAUGUUGCCUCAAAACCACAUGUAGAUAAGAUUUCAGGAAAUUCAGAAGGAACCUUGUCGGGAACUUGUGAAGUUGAAGCUGAUCCCGUGGAUGAGCAAUCUAGCUCUCAAGAGAUUGAUUUACAUACCAGAGAAAAUCAGAAUGUCAAACAGAAUCUUACAACUCCAACUCCAAGGACAUUUGUUGGUGCAGAGAUAGUUGAUGGAAAAACAGUUAAUGUGGUUGAUGGACUGAAACUGUAUGAUCAAUUGCUUGAUGAUGUGGAAGUUUCAAAGCUUGUGUCUUUGGUUAAUGAUUUACGAGUUGCAGGGAGAAAAGGACAAUUUCAAGGUCAGACAUAUGUGGUGUCCAAGAGACCAAUGAAGGGACAUGGGAGAGAGAUGAUUCAAUUUGGUCUGCCGAUAGCCGAUUCACCUGCAGAAGAAGAAAAUGCUACUGGGACAUCUAAAGACCGGAAAAUAGAACCGAUACCGACAUUGCUGCAAGAGGUUAUUGAACGUCUAGUUGGCAUGCAGAUUAUGACCGUGAAGCCAGACUCUUGCAUAAUUGACAUUUAUAAUGAGGGUGAUCACUCACAGCCUCACAUGUGGCCUCCAUGGUUUGGAAGGCCCAUUUCUGUGCUUUCUUUGACAGAAUGUAAUUUGACUUUUGGUAGAGUAAUUACAGCAGAACAUCCUGGUGAUUACGGAGGCUCUCUCAAGCUACCUCUUGCACCAGGGUCUCUUCUCGUGCUGCAAGGAAAAUCCACAGAUUUUGCGAAGCAUGCGAUUCCCGCCAUCCGGAAACAAAGGAUACUUGUUACCUUCACCAAAUCACAACCAAGAAGAUUCGCACAAACUGACGGACAGCGAUUAGCUUCAGCUGCCGCAUCUCCAUCUUCGCACUGGAUUCCACCACCAAGUAGUAGAUCACCGAAUCAUAUUCUUCGCCAUCCUGCGCCCAAGCAUUAUGCACCAAUUCCAACAAGUGGCGUACUGCCAGCCCCAUCCAUUCGGUCACAAGUUCCUCAACCAAAUGGCGUGCAGCCGAUUUUUGUGACUGCUCCUGUGGCAGCACCAAUGCCUUUCCCUGCUUCAGUUGCUAUCCCACCCGCUUCAACCGGAUGGCCAGCUCCUCCUCCAAGGCAUCCUUCUAACCGACUCCCUGCCCCUGUCCCCGGAACGGGUGUUUUCCUUCCUCCACCUGGUUCUGGUAACACGUCGUCUCCACAGAUACCAACUGGAGGUGAGAUUAACUUUCAUGUUGACACAUCAGCCUCAUUUCAAGGUAAGGAAAAUGGACCGGGGAAAUCCAACAACGGGACAUGUGCUUCUCCAAAAGAGAAUAUGGAUGGGAAGAUUGAAAGACAGGAUUGCAAUGGAAUUGCUAACGGAAAAGCUGCAACAAAAGACGAACAGCAACAAAGUGUUGACCCUACAGCAGUGAGCAAGUGAGCUUGAUUGGUUUAGGGGGGGAGAGUAUUUUGUCUGCAAUUGAAAACAGAGUUCGAAUCAAAUGUAAAGAGCGGCAAGAUUUACGACUUACUACAGUUGAUACUUAGUAGGAAGAACGAAAGGGAGGGAGGAACUACUCAGUUAUCUCUGCACAACCUUAUUGUUCUCUAUUACUCUUUUUGUUGUCUUAAAAUUCAACUCUUGUUUUAGUACUUUCUGUUAUCAGAUUCUGUUAUACAAGUAGUAGUUAAGCUCAA